AUGACUAACUCUGUAACCAACCAUUCUUUCUCAAACAACACCUCACACAACAACAACAACAACAACAACACCUCAAGAACACAACAACGCCCUGAAGAACCAUCUUUAACGGUUCAUGAGCCCUCCAUAGCGACCAUCAUGAAAAGAAAACAAUUAAGGGAACAUAAUACGUUAAAAACAUCUUUACAGCUCUCGCCAUCCUCAACGAGAAGUGGUUUGCCCAUGAACACUUCCAACGAUUAUCAUCCUCCUCAGCACUCUCUCCAACACAAUCCGAACAUGGGCAUCCUUGCCUCUCCAAUUGCUCCUCCUAAAAACACUUUUCUUGCUGAUGACGAUAUGCUCUUAUUAGACUUUCAUGAAGACGAAGGUGAACUUCAUCAUGAAUCAAAAGCCUUUGAGGAAGAACCUUCUCAUGAUAUUUACAGGGAAUUUAAAAAUGUGGUCAAGCAGUUGGAUCGACAUCAGUCCAACAAUGGGCCUCGACGUCAACCACAUUCUGAGUCCAACGAUCAUCAAACCCUUCAUCACCAAACAACAACAAUAGAUCAUCUUUCACCAUCCGCUCAGGAAUCAAACAAAGACCUCCGAGAUGACAAUCCAAUCCCUGAAACAAGGUUGAAUUCAAUUGACAAUUUUACUACUGGAAACAUUUCAAUCAAUGAAACAAACACCACACUGAAUAUGGUGUCAAAUGAUCAAACGUUGAAUUAUGGUGAUGAACAUUCUGUUGCAAAUUCUAACCUUGACAAUUGUAAUAUUAUUCAACAACCUGUACCAUCAAGAGCAAUAGGAUAUUCGAACACUUCUCUCAAUUCACUUCUUUCAUUUAAAUGUAAAGAAUUGUAUUUGUUGAAUAAUGAAUUGUCAAGUCGAUUAUUACAAACACAAUAUGAAAAUGAUGAAGUGAAAUAUCAAAUGAACAAGUUAAAGAAUUUAUUUGGACCACUCAAUCGAAGAGUGAAAAAGGAAUUAGAAAUUAUUUAUUUUGGAACAUUGAAAAGAUUAAAAGAUGAAUGUGACUCACUUAGGACUAUUAUAACAUUGACGAGGGAAAAUCAAGAAAAACAAAUGAAUGAUUUUCUUUCAAUUAUCAUGUCCUCUCAUUACUACUCAUCCAUGAAGAAUUCAUUACAAGCUUCUUCUCGUGAAGAAUUUCAAGAACAUGAUGGUUCAAAUUUGAAUGUUAGAGAUUUGACCAUAUCUCAAUUGAAAGAAGAAAUUGAGAAAUUAAGAGCACUACAUGAUCAAGAACGUGAGCAAGUUCAUUCACAAUAUAAAUCUCAAUUACAUGACAAGAAUGAACAAAUCAUGAAACUAACCAGUGAACUUCAGUUAAAGCAAGUGCAACUAUUGGACCUUUCAAAACAAUUAGAAAUUCAGAAAUUGUCAUCUCAAGAUGGUGCUACUACUUUAAUUCAUGAGAAAUACAAUAAGGAAAUGAUGGAUCUUGUAUCUUCUCUGAAAUCUCAAUUACAACAAAAGAAUAAUCUCUUAGAAGAAGUUAAUCACAAUUUGAAAUCCAGAGAAAAUGAAAUCAAAGAAUUGACUUCUAAAAAUCAGAAUCUAAUCUCAGAAUUGAAAAAUAAUGAACAACAAUUUCAAUUAUUUGUAGAAAUGAGCAAACAAAAGAUGAAUGAGAUCAAACAAGAACAUUUAAAUUCAUUGAAUUUAAUUGAAUCCUCUCAUUUAGAAGAAAUUGAAUAUGUCAAAAGAUUGGGUGAAGAAACAAUGAAUAUGGAAAUGAAUGCAUUGAAAUCUCAAUAUGAAACAAAAUUAAAAAAUUUAGCAGAAAAUCAUUCUCAACAAAUCGAACAGUUGAAGGUUCAACAAGAGAAUCUGAUUGAAGAUUUAAAGAAGCAACAUUUGAAUGAAAUGGAGAAUAUUUCAAAACGCCAAAUGAAUGAAAUUCAAGAACAUGAGCAAUUAUUGACCAUUCCUAACAUGAAAGAGGUUACAACAUUCUCACCACCAAACACUCAACAAGAGUCUCGAAAUAUAUUACAUCUUCACGCACUUUCACCACACACUCAAAGUGAAGAUUUAUUGAAUCUAUUGAGAGAAGACUAUGAAUCGCAAAUCAUUCAACUAAAGAAAGACUAUCAAAAAGAACAUGAAUUAGAAAUGCAAUCUCUUAUUAGUGAAUAUGAAAAGAAGAUUCAAAGUAUUGCACAAGAGGGUGAUACCAUUCUCAACAAGACACAUCAACAAUAUAACAAGGAAAUGAAUGAUCUAAAAACAUUAUUUGUUAUGAAACAUGAACACUUGAAACAUCGAUUAAGAGAUUGUGUCUCAACAUGGAAGAAUCUUAUCAAUAAUGAGGACAAUAAGGAUGAAAAAAACAGAAUGAGCGACACUACUACCACUUCUACUACUACUGGUAUUGAUAUUGGUAAUACUAGUUCCUCAACAAAUACUACUAGUCCUAUUGCCACCAAUGACAAUACAACCUCCAUCAAAAACAACACCACCACUGCAUCCUCAACCACAAUAAUCGAUUCAUUCCAUUUCAAUACUACUACUACAACGCUUGAUCAUCAAAACACAAGUAUCACUACAGUACUCGAACAAGAAACCUUAACAUUGGAAAAGAUUAUUUCAAAUCUAUUCAAUUCUUUCAUUCAUGAUCUCUCACAUUUGAAAGCUCAUCAUUUAAGAAGUAUUGAAGAGAAAAAUAGACAAAUUGAAACUCUAAGAUUUGAAAAGAUGCAUUUAGAGAAACUUCAAUCUCUCUCUUUGAAUCAUGAUCAAGAAAGUAUCAAAUUGUUAAAUGAUCGAGUGAAUCAUUACAAAUCAGAUAUGGAAACGAAACAAAUUGAAAUUCAAGAAUUAGAAAAGAAAGUCUAUGAAUUACAAUUGAAAUGUAACAAAUUAGAACAUUCUCAUCAAGAAAUGAUUGAAAGUAUAAAUGCUGAACACUCCAUCCAAAUGAAGAAUUUAGAAAACAAGUUCAAUGAAUUGCAAAUAGACAGAGAUUCUAUUCAAAACAAGUACAAUCAAUUAGAUGCAUUACAUCAGGACACUAUCACUCAAUUGAAUUAUACUCUCACUAAAUUACAACAUUCUGAGAGAACCACAAGUCUUUUACAAUCUGAAAAGAAUGAUGCACUUGAAAGAUACAAAAAUUUGGAACAAGUGAUUACAAGAGAUGUUUGUGAUCAAUGGAUUGGCAUGUUGAACAAUUAUUCCAGCAACAACAACAUUUCAACUAUACACAACAGCUUGGAAUUGACCAAAUUGGUGGAAUGGAAUCGUGCAACGAGUACUACUACUACUUCUACUACUUUGAAUCAUUCCAUUCAAUCCAGAAUAGACACUCUUCACUCUACCAUUCAAAACACAUUGAAGAGAUUUAAUCAAUUGCAAGAAAUGAAUCAAACUCUCACAUUGAAACUCGGUCAACAGUCUGAAAUGCUUCAAAGAAAUGAAAUGAAAAUCAAUGAAUUGUUAUCAGAAAAUUCAAACAUGAAGAAAUCAAUGAAACAAUUUGAAGAGACCAAUCAUGAACUAGAGUUACAAUUGUCCAAAGAGCACUCCAAUCAACAUGAUUUACAAUUGAACAUCCAAACAUUGAAAGAAGAACUCACUCGCUCCAAAGAUGAAUUACAAUCUCUGCAAAAUCAGAACAAACAAUUACAAGCAUUGAAAAAUGAUCCAAAGAUACUCUCUCAACAAACCAAGAUCCAACAAUUAGAAGAAGAGAAUUACUCUAUGAAUGUACUAGUCACAGAAUUGAAACAAAAGAAUUUGAAAUUACAACAAUCUCAACAAGAAUGGAUGGAACAAGUAUCGAAAUAUCAACAAGAAAUCAAUACUCUUCAAAGACAUGUAUCUCUUCAACAAGAUAUCAAACAAAUGACACAAUUAGAAGAAGAGAAACAACAAGUCAUACAAUUAGAAGAGAAACACAAACAACAAGUCAUACAAUUAGAAGAUAAAAUAUCAGAAUUGAAUGAUGAAAUAUCAGAACAAACAGAUGAAUUACAUCAUGCUGCUCUUGAGGUUAUUAAUUUACAAAAGAUUAAUGAUUUCCUUUCUAAUGAAUUGAAACAUGUUCAAUCAUUGAAUAGACAAUUGAAAGAUGAAUAUUCCAAUUCAAUGACAACAGAAUUGAAAAAUCUUAAAGAUUUGAUUGAAUCCACUAGAAUUGAUUUAAUAGGAGUCAAAGAUAUUAAUGACAAGUACACCAAGUAUUACAAUCAAUCAGAAACGAUCAAACAAGAAUAUGAGAAAUAUUUAAAACAAUAUUCAGAAGUUGUUUAUCGAAAUCAAGAAUUAGAAAAGAUUUUGAAUCGAGUUCAAUUAUUCCUUUCUGAAAAAGAAUCAAUCAACAAUAACGCAUCCUCUUCCUCCUCUCAGAAACAACAACACACAGAACAAGUUGCUCAAUGGAUUCAAGAGUUAAGGAAUGUCAUGUUGUUAGGAGGACCUACUGAUCACCUUACUACUGCGACUGUGAAAAGAAUCAUUCCUUUCACUCAUCAGCAACAGACCAUGAAAGAAAAGAGAAGAACUCUGGCAUUUGAACCUGGAUCUAUAUCUUUUGAUUCUAUGAGUUUAAUGAAUGAUGAUCCUUCUAUGAGAUAUCUAAGAAGUGAUAAUGAUUCUUCAUCAUUGCUGGGAAUUGAUGACAACAAUAAUGACAACGAUGGAAUGGAUCAAUGGAAAUCUUUGAACCAGAACAACAACAACAACAACAAAUUAUUCAAUCAUCGAUCCAUGACCAUCUCUUCAUCCUCAUCACCAUUACUGAAUUCAUCUUCUCCAUCAUCUCCACAACAACCACAACAACAACAACAACAACGUGAUUAUUCAAGACAAAAGAGUUUACCACCUUCUGCCAUACUCCAAAUUGCUCCACAUUUACAAUCUUUAAUGAGUAGUAGUCAUGGCAAUAGUAAUCGAUCGAGUCGAAGUAACAGUAAUGCAAGUAGUAGUGGUGGUGGUGGCAACAAUCAUGUAUUGCCAACAACCAUUGGUAGUCCUUCUAUUUUAAAGACUCGUCCUCAUUCUGUUACCUUUGAUACCCACAAUCUGAUCAUGGGUGGUGGUAAUAAUAAUUCCUACUCUUCACCCUCAUCAGGUAGAAAUACACCAACCCAUCCUCACAACAUGACUAAUAGUCCUGGUAGAGGUGGUAGUAGCACGAGUGGUGGUCAAAGUGGUGGUGGUGGUGGUGGUGUGAAUAGUAGUAGUAGUAGUAGUAGUGAAUUCAUCAUCAACCAUACAACAUCAUCUCAGACUUUGGAUCAUCCCUUAUUCAAAGUCAAGAGUUCACCCAAUCUUCAACACUUUGACAGCAGCACAAUCGAUGACAACAAUGCUGAUGACAAUGUGAGUACUCACAACAUGACUAAUAGUCCUGGUAGAGGUGGUAGUAGCACGAGUGGUGGUCAAAGUGGUGGUCUGAUGCAAAUGACCUCCUUCAACAACAACAACAACCUGAAUUCAAGCAACUCCUCAUCAUCGAUCAGUACGAGUGGUGGUGGUGGUACGAGUGGUGGUCUCAGAAGAUUACAGCCACCACCCAUUCCACCACCAAGAAGACUCCAAUAA